AUGUAUACUGGUCAUAUUCAUGAACCAACAAUUAUUUUGGAAGCAAUGGCGUCGUACUAUCUUUGGAUAUGGCAUGCAUUUUUUGGGUUACCAGGAUCUCAUAAUGACAUCAACGUGCUAGAACGAUCUCCUAUAUUUGCCGAGCUUGCUAAAGGCCACGGUCCUCCAGUCAAUUACUCAAUCAAUGGUAAUGACUAUACAAUGGGAUACUACCUUGCUGAUGGAAUAUAUCCACAAUGGUCAACAUUUGUAAAAACAAUUCCAUGUCCACAAGGAAACAAGAAAAAGUAUUUUGCUGCUGCCCAAGAGUCCACCAGAAAGGAUAUAGAGCGUGCAUUUGGAGUGCUACAAGCUAGAUUCGGGAUAGUACGUCAGCCUGCACGUUUAUGGAAAACGAAGACUCUAAAAUAUGUUAUGAAGGCAUGCGUAGUAUUACAUAACAUGAUCGUUGAAGAUGAGCGAGAUGUCAAUGGAUCAGAAGACUUCAAUUAUGAUGCAAUCGAUGGAAGUUCACAAGAACCGGUCUCACACGUGCAUACACCUGAACUUAUGGAAUUCAUUCAAAAUCAUCAUCGCAUUAGGGACAAGGAAACUCAUUCUCGGCUCCAAGCUGACCUUGUUGAGCACUUGUGGCAAGUGCAUGGACAAUCAUGCUAG